CCUCUUUAUUUUUUAUGAGAAAAGGGGAAAAAACACUUAAAACCUUUUGUGUUGACCAGAAAAAAAAAGAGGGAUAAAACGUGGGGGUAUUAAUGGGAAUGGGGAUGUUCCACAUAUUUCUGAAAUUUUUUUCCCUCUGCUACGAAACCUUUGAAAUUUGUGUCAUCGAAAUCGAAACCAAAAUGGAUCUUUCGAAGAAGAAAUGGGCUUCGAUUAUCUCCGUCAUCGCUUCUUCUCUGUUUUCGCUCCUCAUCGUCUUCCAGAUUCCUCUGUUCAGAGUGGCGUGCAGGAACAAGAGUUGUGAAACUCCAUUAGAGGUCAUAUCCUCUGAGUUGAUUGCUACUGAUUUGAUUCCUUCUUCUCUUGUCAAGACCCUCCUUUAUCCUGGUGCCAUUACCAAGUCUCUUUUUGCUGGCUCCAAAAUCCCCAGCUACCACCACUUGUUUCAGUUUUACAGUUUCGACGGCAUGUAUCGCACCUCCUCCUUUGCAACCGAUAUUCAUCAUCUAGAGGUGUUUGCUGGGAGUUGUUUGUGUCUUCUUGGAGCUUUACUCAACCUGUUCAAACCCACAAGAAUAACCUUCAUUGGAACGCUUUUGAUAUCUUGGGGUCUUAUCAGAGACAUUCUUCUUCUGGACUCUGCUCACGAUUGGAUAAGCCCCCACAGAAACUCUGUUCGUGUCUACCCAACACUGUUUCUAGCUUCACUUUCUGCAUUUCUCUCCAUGCGAAGCGACGUCAGGAAGAUCAUCAGGUGUUGUACAUCUAUCACCCUUUCCAAAUCCUCUAAAGGAGACUAG